CAGAAUUGAUCGCAUUUCGUAGAAGUGUCCACAUCCACCUUCCAUCACCAGUUACAACUCAAGACCCUCUCCUCUGUAACUCACUCUCGCGGUGCAUCGUCCCAUAUUGUUUUGCCUCGCAUUUCCUGUCGGCCAUCAGAUACGUUGUGGCCGUUGGAGCGCCGUCCGUUCCCCCGAAGUUCCUGCAAACGAUCGCAGUCCGCAGUCGAAGUUGAGCAGCCAUGGCUUCUCCUAGACCUUCCUCUCCUCUGACCUCUGGUCCUGAUUCCGGGCCCGACUCUACUCCUUCUGCCGCCAAAUCCAGCGGGUCGUCCUCCAUCGCACGCGCUGGCUCACCUCCCGGUGGCCCUCGCUCUGCCAUCCGUCGACGCGCAGCUGCCGAUCACAAAGAAUCCGUCAAGAAUGCUCGACCAGCCUCAACACGUGCAGCCGGUGCAGGAGGUUCUUCAGGGACUAUGCUAAGACUAUACACCGACGAGAGUCCUGGUCUGAAGGUCGAUCCUAUGGUCAUUCUUUUCCUGAGCUUAGGAUUCAUUUUCAGCGUCGUAGCUCUGCAUCUCAUUGCAAAGGUCACAAAGAGAUUCUCUUAGACUUCUUGGGCGAACUUACAGGUGGACUAUUGCAUGGGAAAAACAAAAGCGUGGUCGCAGGCAUAUCUUGUAUAAUACCAAUAAGUGGUUGCGAUUGAAGCAACAGGGCUAUCCUAGAUUUCCAGGGCCCGACAUGAGCACUCGACAAUUGCAUAUCAGCCCGUGAUGACUCGGAGGCUUCAAGACGAGACUGCAGGGGGACACCUGAAUAAGCCUUGAAAGAGUGCAUGCUCGGACACCGCAAAGCUCGACUCACUCUUGCUCUUGUUCGCGAGAACCUUUCCGCAGUGCAACAAUCUGCAUCAUCCUGAAUGCCAAGUGAAGGACCAGGGUUUGGGUAGAGGGACCGUAGCAUUGGGAAUGUACUUCGUACCUUUGCAAGUGAAGAUCUCACCAUCUUUCGACAUGAUCGCGUGGCCAAUCUUUUGUGUAGCAUAACUCCAAC